AUGGAACCGGUUUUGAUCACCGAGGUGCAAUUGCUUGUCGAUAGAUUUUUGGGAAAAAAAUGGAAAGACUACAUCGCAGCCGUAUUCGAGAGUUCAGCCUAUGGAUGUGCGAGACUUGAGCUGUUCGCAUCCGAGGCGAAACUCCGCACCGUUGAGCCAGCAAAAGUGCUUCUCCUAGCAGAAUGCGUAUCUAUUCGGACAGCGUUUGCAGAAAAAGACAUUCGGGUUAUUAAAAUGCACAUGAAAGACAACGCCUCGUUGACGAUCACUUCGAAAGAGUUCAGUCUAUUGAGGGACACAUUGUCUAAAGCAACCUUCCCGCAUAAAUAUGUGACAAUCCACCCCUCGUCCUCUUCCUCCAUCGAUUCCCCAUCGACUCCACUAUCGUUAGAAGAUCUAUUUGACAAAAUCCCGAUCCUUCUCUUACCGACAACGAUGAGUCGAACGAAAAGAUGGAGAGAUGGGAAUUAUGAUCUCCAUUUCUCGGAAAGCUCUUUGAAUCUUGAGGCUGGAGGAACGAUUAUGGAUUCUUGGGAUUACGGGUCGAUCCUGUGGGUAGCCACUGGAGAGCGAUGUCUUGGCUUUGAAGUGGAAAGUGCCGGGAUCAUCGAGUGUGCUUGUGCCGCUCCACAACUUGCUGUCGACAACUUCCGAAAAUUCGUUAAAUUCAGCUCAAUCUUCAGACCUGUUCAAAAAAGAACGUUGAACACGUAUAACAGGAACUACACCCCACUUCGCGAAGAGGCUCCCCUAUCGAAGGCGCCGAUUGCCGAAGAUGAAGAAGAAUAUUCUGAAGUUGCCGACAGUCGGGCCUCCACCAAUCGCACGAAGGACAGCGGGGUUUCGGUGGGCGAAGCAAAGGAGCAACCAGCUUCGAUUAGUCGAACGAUCUCAAGAAGUAUGCAAGAACUGGCUGCAAAAGAGAAAAUCGAAGAAAAGAAAACGUUCAUGAAAUUCUUUAGAAGAAAUUCCGCAAAGCAACGCCCUGACAAGGGCCGAGAAGCAUUCGAGCAAAACGCCAGCAAUGAAUGGCUACAUGUAUCCUCAAAGUCAAAAAUCACACCCGAACAAGCUCAAGGAACAGUUGGGACAAUAUUUCGAGCAGAAAUGGAGAAUGCAGGGAAUAGGAAUCGGACACGCACAAAUGGAAAGGACACCCUCGGCUCAUCGGCUUUCGACUUUAGCCUUUUGGACCAAGAAUUAGCCAAGCAAUUCGGUCAUUUGAAUCCAAGUGAAAGAUCGAGUGUCGCA